AUGGCCGGCGUCGAGUGUGUCUGCCCUGGCAAACGAAAGGCGGCGUCUUUUUCCGGCGAGGAGCGUUCCCCGACGGCCAAGAGGGCGGCCGGCUGUUCCCGAGGAGAGGAGGCGAUUCCGGCGGCGAAGAAGAUGUGGCGGCUGCCGCGGGAGGAGGUCGGCCGGAUCGUCGACUGGCCGCCGUACUUCCCUCCCGCCCUGUACCGAGACCUGAAGCGCGACAACCCGUCGCUUCUGCCAUCGUCGGAGGAGGAGAAGGACGAGCACAUGGUGGUCCUCUACCGGUACGCGCGCGAGUUCUACGAGCAGAUGGAGGAGUUCGCCGGGUUCCAGGCCAGGGUCCGCCGCGAGUACGCCUCCAAAGGAUUCGUGGAGGUCGACUACGACUGCGUCGGCGCCGAGGCCGUGGCGCAGAGGCGGGUCAACCAGGCACGCGGUGAUGCUUUCGGAGGCAUCUUUGCUCAUCUUUCUUCAGAGUUCGUCGUCGACGCCGACACGUUCCGGCAACUCAAAAGGAAAUGGAUGGAGUAG